AUGGUUUGCCUUGAUUCGCUGGUAAAAGAACACAUACCUUUCACCGAGAUUCUGAGCGACGUCCCUCAUGUUCAAAUAUGGUCUGAUGCACCUAUAACGGGUCCUUCAUACGACAUUUGUACACGAGUUAGGUUUGUCCAACGACUUAUAAGACGGGAACUGGAACCGUGGGAAACAGUUGUUGUCGGAGCUAUAUCCGGAGGGUUAACUGCUGUUACUACUACACCAUUCGAUGUCACUGAAACUAGAAUAAUGACUACACCCGUAGCCCGAAACGUAUCGAUGUCAGCUGUAGCCUUUUCUAUACUCCGUGACGAGGGACCCCUCGCCUUGUUCAAAGGAUCCGUACCAAGGUUUUUCUGGAUUGUUCCCUUAGGUGCCAUGAACUUUGCCGGCUACAAGUUGUUGAGGAAGGCCACGCAUUUACGGGUGAAUAUCUGGUUCGAAGCAACAACCGCCGUUGCUGUUGCACCAUCUGCAGAAAUACAGCGUGAAAAUGUUCUUAAAUCUGCUUUUGCUGGGGGUCUGUCACGCGCAUUCUCCUCGGCCGUAAUGCAUCCUGUUGAUACUGUAAAGACUGAGGUGCAAGCAUCAACCACCCUGACAUUCCCAGAUAUUAUGUCAAAGAUUCCGCAAAUCGGAUUACGAGGGUUAUAUAAGGGUUCCAUCCCUGCAACUCUUAGACAGUUUUCAAGCCAUGGAUUGCGGACAGGUAUAUGUGACGUAAGCAAGCUUGUAUUGAUCAAUGUCGCUCCGAACCUCCCCGACAUCCCGGUUGAAUCCAUGGCAUUGUUCUUCAAUACGGUUGUAGGAACAGUGGCUCGUUUACCUUGUGAGGUAUUGAAGCAGUGUUUGCAAGCGCCUCUGUGA